AUGGCUCAACGAGAAGAUUUCCCGGAAGAAUUCAAUGACUUGACUGGGGGCGAACGAAUUGUUAAGUCGAGUGCCAUGAAGUUCUUAAGCCCUCAGUUAGACGAUACUGGAAUCAUACGUGUUGGAGGUCACCUGAGCAACGUAAACUGCUCCGAACCGAUGAAACAUCCUAUCAUACUCCGAGCAAAACAUUCCCUGAGUGUACUUCUAGCAUCUCACUACCACAAACUCCUGUUACAUGCCGGUCCUCAACUCAUGCUUGCCAGCCUGCGUCAAAAAUUCUGGAUUCUGGGAGGCAGAAACCUGGUACGCCACACAUACCACAAAUGUCACACCUGUUUUCGCAGCAAGCCGGUGUUGAUCCAGCAGAGCACUGCCGAUCUACCAGCCUCUCGUGUCACUCCCACGCGUCCAUUUUCGGUUUGUGGCAUCGAUUAUUGUGGGCCCUUUUACAUUAAAUCGCAAGUCCGCAAGCGUGGGCCUACAAAAGUAUACGUGGCCAUCUUCAUAUGUUUUUCUACACGAGCGAUCCACAUUGAGCUCGCAAGCGACCUCUCUACUGCUGCCUUCUUGGCCGCCCUUCGCCGUCUGGUUGCUCGUCGCGGAAAGGUGAGUGAACUUCACUCCGAUAACGCAACGGCCUUCAAAGGGGCCUCCCACGCACUCAAUCGGGUUUAUCGAAUGCUCAAGGCAGAAGAAGCCGAUCGCAAUCAGAUUUUCAGCUGGUGCGCCAACAAUGAGAUACGGUGGAAAUUUAUACCACCGCGCGCACCGCACUUCGGAGGACUGUGGGAAGCCGCAGUUAAAUCUGCCAAAUCCCACCUACUAAAGGAAAUGGGCAACACUACUAUCGCGUACGAGGACAUGUUGACCUUACUUGCACAGGUCGAAAUGUGCCUAAAUUCACGUCCAUUAACACCACUACCAUCCGAUGCUUCUGAUCUAGAAGCUUUGACUCCGGGGCACUUCCUAGUCGGGUCGAGUCUUCAAGCUGUUCCUGAACCAUCCGUGAAGGACGUCGCUGAGAAUCAUCUCAACCAUUGGGAACAAACACAACGGCACCUUCAACGAAUCUGGGCCCGAUGGUAUCCGGAAUAUUUAUAA